UUCUUGCAAAUCCACCUUUUCCCUUUUUUUCCUCCCUUGUCUUCUUCUUCUCUUUCUCCUUCUUCCACAAACUUCCAUUGUACCUAGAUAGCUCUUCCUCGGUCUAAGAUUAUCCAAGAAAAAACCCGGGUUUUUGGUGACCGCCUGACCGGUCGGUUAUCCAGAUCCCUAACAAAAACUCCCUUUUGGUUCUCCUUGCCACUAUCCCGGAUCUUUUGUUACCCCUCAAGAAAAUUUGGCACAAACCAAAGAUCAUUGUGAAUUAGGGUUUCAUUAUGCCUCCAACAGUAAGAUCUCUCUCUCUAUAUAUAUGUAUAUAUAUUUUAUGCACGCAGAUAUGUAUCCCUAUGUUUUUUUUGUGAACAUGUAUCCCUCUGCGUAUGUAUUGCAUGUCUGAGAAGAAUAAGUGGUUAUUCCACUUAUUUUCUUCCUUUUUAAUUUAAAUUUUGGUUUCUCAAGAUCUCGAUUUAUAUAUUCAUGUGUUUAUGUUAUAGAUUUUUUGUAUAUAGUUUAAUUUAACGCGUUAGUGUCUUUUUGCGAAGACUUAUGAUCUCAUUAAGAACUAAGAAAGCGUUACUAAAAAUUUCUUGGAGUUUACUAAAAAAAUUCUUGGAGUUAGAAGUUCAAAAGGGGUUUGACGAAAUCUACUUGGUGGUUGUGUAACCAAAACAGACCAUUGACUUAUUGUCAACGCUUAAAUUAACCCUAUAGACUAUAUACUGCAUUUAAUUAUAGAACCCUAGAUCUGUAUCUUUCUGCACAUUUAAUUAAUUAAGUCUCGUCUAUCUUAUUAGUUUUAGUAUCUUUACUGAAAACGGUUCCUUUUAUUGCACCAAGACUGAGGUCAAUUUAAUUCUUUAAUAAAUUUAUUUGAGAGAUUAGAAACUUGUACUCUCUCUCUCUCUCUCUUACUAGCUUUUGAGAGAGAAACUCAUUUAACUCGAACACAAAAUUUCCACCAACCAAAAGGAAAAAGAAAACUACAAGGAGAUCUGUCUUUAUAGGAUUUCAAAAAUUUCGAAAGAACUCAGAAGAUCAGAUCGAAAUAAUGGAAGAUAUACUUGGAGUAGAAAAUUAAAUCAACAGACAAUUAUGAUCACAGCCUAGAAGAUUUGAAGGAACCCAACGUUCACAACUUAAAAACGUGAUUACUAUCUGACUGAGUGAUCAGAAUCAAAUCAUCAUCACAAUGUAUCAUCCAAACAUGUUUGAGAGCCAUCAUAUGUUCGACAUGACCACAAAGAGUACCUCCGACAACGACUUUGAAAUCACCGGAAACCGUGAAGAUGAUUUCGAGACCAAGUCAGGCACCGAAGUCACCACCGAGAAUCCUUCCGGUGAAGAGCUUCAAGAUCCUAACCAACGUCCCAACAAAAAGAAGCGUUACCAUCGCCACACGCAACGUCAAAUCCAAGAGCUGGAAUCGUUCUUCAAAGAAUGCCCUCAUCCAGAUGAUAAGCAACGUAAAGAGUUGAGCCGCGAUCUCGGUUUAGAGCCUCUUCAAAUAAAGUUUUGGUUCCAAAACAAACGCACGCAAAUGAAGGCACAACAUGAGAGGCAUGAUAACCAGAUUCUGAAGUCAGACAAUGACAAGCUCAGAGCAGAGAACAAUAGAUACAAAGAGGCACUAAGCAAUGCCACAUGCCCUAAUUGUGGCGGUCCAGCUGCUAUUGGAGAAAUGUCUUUCGACGAACAGCAUCUCAGGAUUGAAAAUGCUCGCCUCCGAGAAGAGAUUGAUCGAAUCUCAGCCAUUGCUGCAAAAUACGUUGGGAAGCCAAUAGGAUCGUCAUUCGCUCCACUAGCAAUCCAGGGUCCUCGUUCGCUUGAUCUUGAAGUUGGCAACUUUGGGAACCAAUCAGGUUUUGUAGGGGAAAUGUAUGGAACAGGUGACAUUUUGAGGCCAGUCUCAAUCCCUUCUGAAUCAGACAAGCCAAUGAUCAUAGAGCUAGCGGUCGCAGCUAUGGAGGAACUCGUGAGAAUGGCUCAAGCAGGGGAUCCUUUAUGGGUUUCAACCGAUAAUUCGAUGGAGAUUCUCAAUGAAGAAGAGUAUUUCAGAACGUUUCCAAGAGGAAUCGGACCAAAGCCAUUAGGUUUGAGAUCAGAGGCGUCAAGAGAAUCAGCUGUUGUUAUAAUGAAUCACAUCAAUCUCGUUGAGAUUCUCAUGGAUGUGAAUCAAUGGUCUUGUGUUUUCUCUGGGAUUGUGUCAAGAGCCUUGACGCUCGAAGUUCUUUCCACUGGAGUUGCUGGGAACUACAAUGGUGCUUUGCAAGUGAUGACAGCUGAGUUUCAAGUUCCGUCGCCGCUAGUCCCAACACGUGAAAACUACUUUGUGAGAUACUGUAAACAGCAUAGCGACGGUUCUUGGGCUCUGGUUGAUGUCUCUUUGGACAGCCUUAGACCGAACCCGAUUUCAAGAACUAGAAGAAGGCCUUCUGGUUGUCUGAUUCAAGAACUACCUAAUGGUUAUUCUAAGGUUACAUGGGUAGAACAUAUGGAGGUGGAUGAUAGAUCGGUUCACACUAUGUAUAAACCGCUGGUUCAUUCCGGUUUAGCUUUUGGAGCGAGACGUUGGGUGUCUACACUCGAACGUCAGUGCGAGCGGCUCGCGAGUUCGAUGGCCAGCAACAUCCCGGCUAGUGAUCUUUCCGUGAUAACGAGUCCCGAAGGGAGGAAGAGCAUGUUGAAGCUAGCGGAAAGGAUGGUUAUGAGCUUUUGCAGCGGUGUUGGCGCGUCGACUGCACAUGCGUGGACGACAAUGUCGUCAACUGGAUCCGAUGAUGUUCGAGUCAUGACCCGAAAGAGCAUGGAUGAUCCGGGUAGACCUCCGGGGAUCGUUCUUAGCGCCGCGACUUCAUUCUGGAUCCCAGUGGCUCCCAAACGGGUUUUCGACUUCCUCCGCGACGAAAAUUCAAGAAGCGAGUGGGAUAUUCUCUCAAAUGGAGGAAUGGUUCAAGAAAUGGCUCAUAUAGCAAAUGGUCGCGAACCUGGAAACUGCGUCUCCUUGCUCCGAGUCAACAGCGGAAACUCGAGCCAAAGCAACAUGUUGAUUCUACAAGAGAGCUGCACGGACGCAUCUGGAUCGUACGUGAUCUAUGCGCCGGUGGAUAUAGUGGCGAUGAACGUUGUUUUAAGCGGAGGAGAUCCUGAUUACGUGGCGUUGCUCCCGUCUGGUUUCGCUAUAUUACCCGAUGGUUCGGUCGGAGGAGGAGGAGACGGGAAUCAAGAAGUGGUUUCUUCUUCUACUGCAUCUGAGAGUUGUGGUUCACUGUUAACCGUUGCGUUUCAGAUACUUGUUGAUUCUGUUCCUACAGCUAAGCUCUCUCUUGGCUCGGUGGCUACGGUUAACAGUCUGAUCAAAUGUACGGUGGAGAGGAUUAAAGCCGCCGUUGCUUGUGACCGAGGUGGAGGAGGACCAUAAUUCUUCCAGAAGUAAUAAGGAAGGAAAGGAGAAAAAUAGCGUUUAUGCCUUAAUGGUUUAUUUCUAGUUUCUGUAUGUUUUGAAAAUCCAGAUGAAGUCAAGAACGCACCUUUAACGUUUAAAUCUUUAUCUCAAGGAUGAUGAGAAAAAAAAGGGUAAAGAGGUUCGGGUAUUGACUUCUGAUGGAAACCCACGGUCUUUUUUAUUUACCUUUCCUAAGCUUGUCUGUUCAGCGUUCUGCUUUAUAACAGUUUGUGAACACUUUUGGGUGUCCUCUCUUUAGGUGUUUUACCCACCAAGUGUAUGUUUCUUUAUUGUUUUGUAAGCUCUUUUUGUGGCAAGACCAUAUAUUAGUAACAUUAGUUUCUGUUGAACUCCCU